AUGGAAACGUCUUUCAAGAUACGGCCCUCAGUCUCCGGCAGCUCAAACUCCCUCGACUAUGGUAGCGGCCGAGUAAGGAAAAGAGCAGAGGGUGCUAAGAAUCCCCGGAGUGGACCAGGCUACCUUAAUAGACGAAAACUGCAUAUUGCCACUUCUAACGUUCAAACCCUGUCAAGGGAUGAGAAAUUAUUGGAAUUGGAGGAAGAAUUACAACAUAUAAAAUGGGAUGUUGUGGGUCUAAGUGAGGUAAGAAGAAAGACCGAAAAACAAAUAGAAUUGAAAUCUGGGAACCUUCUUUAUCAUCAGGGAAAUAACGAAUAUGCUCUGGGCGGUGUAGGCUUUCUGAUUAACAAGAAACAUAUUAAGAACAUCGUAGACAUUGGAAGCAUCAGUCCUAGAGUCAUAUACCUAACCCUUCGUUUGAAUAACCGUUACUCUCUAAAAAUUGUACAAGUCUCUGCCCCAGCGUCAAAUAGCACCGAGGAAGAAAUAGAUAUUUUUUAUGAGGACGCCUCCAAAGCUCUAUCAAUCAAAUCCCAAUUUACAAUAUUAAUGGGUGAUUUUAAUGCUAAAGCUGGACAAAAAGAAGAUGAAGCAGAAAUAUGCGUGGGUACAUAUGGUUAUGGUGAAAGAAAUGAGAGAGGAGCGAAAAUGAUCGAAUUCACGCUGCAAAAUGGACUAUAUGUAAUGAACACCUUCUUUAAGAUCCAAAUCGAAAAUGGACCUGGGCAAGUCCGGACGGAAUUACCAAGAACGAGAUAG